GAUGAUGUGUCGUGUGCAGCCAGCUUGGUAGCUUAAAGGUCGAGGUCCUGCUUCCUUGUGGGUCAUAGAACACAACUUUGUGCAGUUUUCUUUGUCCAGGCUGUAACUCAGCCAUUGAUAGAGGAUUUCUUUAAUAACACGGCACAGUUAUUUGCCUCAAUACACCCAUCGGGCGUGAGUAGUUGAAAGAUCAAUGUCACACUUAAGAGUAAAAGAUAAAAAUUGAUGCAGUUUCUUUCGUCAAGGUCAAAAGUUGGUGCAGUUUGCCAGUUUCUGUUGUCUGUGCCGUUACUUAGCUAUGGAUUGAGAUGUUCUUAAAUUUCUUGGCAGUCAGCUCUGUCACAACCAAAUAGUAUCAGUAAGUUAGUCAUUUUGGCAGCUGGUUUAAGUGUUUAUUUUUCGCAGUCAUCUCUAUUCCAUCUCAGCAACUUCAAAAUAAGAUCUGCAUAACAGACAAUACAAAUAAGAUUAUACACAUUUGUCAUGUGUUAAUUCUUUUUGCAUGUCAAGGACUCCUUUUUCUAUUUCAGAUUAAUAAUCAGAAUGAACACAAUUGAAAAGCUUGCAGACAGGAACCACAACGGGCCUUUGAAGAGUCCCUUAAGGGUGAUUGUGGCUGCUGUGGGAAAUGUGAAGGCUUAUGGGACAGCCGAUAAGAAGAUGCUACAUGUUAGUGUAUGUGACCCAAGUGGAGUCGCAAAGGCUGUUCUGUUUGACGAAUCUAAAUUCAAUGAUUUCAAAGAGAGAAGUGGGUUGGUGUUACAUAAUGCCAUAUUUAAGAAUAGAGAGAUUAUUGUCAAUGCUCAGACAAAGGUGUUCCGCUGUGCAAUCCCUACUGUGCCAGACAACAUAAUGCAACAAGCAGUUGACUUGAUUCGGCCACAAACUCCAGAGGUUUUACCCAUAAAAGAUGCCAGGAAAAGCCCUAGCAAGACUAGGGUUUCGAUCAGAGGAAAAAUCACUAGUGAUGGUUUGUCUAAGCCAGUGACUAUAAAUGGCCGGCAGGUGCAAGUCAAAACAAUCAGCGUCCAAGAUGCUGAUGAUGAAAUCAAAGUCAGUCUUUGGCGUGACCUUGCUAAAAAAGACCUUCAGCUUGGAGAGAUUGUUGAAGUAACACAUGUGGUUGUGAAUGGGAAGCUAUACAAUGGAGAAGAAAGUUUAUCAACAACCCAGUUCAGUGAUAUCAAUAGCGCAGAAUUGCCAACGGAAGAGUCUGACUAUCAAGUCCUGGGAAUUGAGGUUGAGGACACCACAUGUCAGCUUAUGACCUGUGCGAAUGGAGUUUUGUCGAGUAACACCGAACUAUUGCUUACACAUUUCCUCUGUACUCUGGAGGAGUUGCCAGAGAAAUUCCCAUGCAGUCUCAGGGUCAAGGUCAAGGGACAAGAAAUUGUUAAAUACUUGUAAAAAUGCCAAAAUGCACUAGGAGCCAAAAUUGCCAACAGAAGACUCCAAAUUUGAAGUCCUGGAAUUAGAGGAUGGGGACACCAGCUGUCAGCUUGUGGCCUGUGAAAUGGAGUUUUGUCAACUAACUCCAAAGUAUUGCUUGCACGUUUCCUGUGUAGUCUGGAGGAGUUGCCAAAGACAUUCCCAUGCAAUCUCAGGGUCAAGAAAUUGUUCAGUACUUGUUAAAUGCAAAAUGCACUAGGAGCCAAACUAUACAUUCUUAAGCUAGCAGUCUUUCAACAAAAUAUUUAUAACCACCGUCAGAAAGUAACCCAACUUUAAUUGUAUUUUUUAUGCUGUGUCUUUUUUAAGCAAAUAAGUCGUUCUUUUAUGUUCAGGUCUACUAGAUGGUUUUGAUUUUUGCAUAUUUCCUCAAAAGGUCAAGUCUCUGCCCGGAAAGGGAUAUUUUCUGUUUGUAGACCUGUAACUUCAUUUUAAUGGCUGAUAGUUGGAUUGUCCAUGUUAUUAUAUGCCCUUGCUACAUGUAAAUAUUUCUAUUUAUUGCUUUUAUAAUUGUGUUACUUCUGGGGUUUUUGUGCAACUUCUAUUAUUAUUUUUAUGGUCAAGUUUGAUCAUACUAUGCAGUUUGCAGAUUCUUUUAAAUGAUGUUACACCUAGUAACUUGCAAAUAGUGUCAUUUUUAGGAAGGGGGUUAUACUUCUUGUGACCAUUCAUUCUUAGACUGCUAUGGAAUUAUGCAACUUUUAUUGCAUAGCUUGUUUGACAUACUGUCAUAUUUUGUCAUUCUAUAAUUUUGUAACCAUUGUCUUUGCCCACACACUUGGUCCAUUUAUCAUUUCAUUAAAUACUGUAUUAUUAGAGGCAUUGUUACUUAAAAGUUUGCCAAUGCAGUGCUCAUUUUAAUUGUUUUUGUCAAUUGAAGUUUCUUUGUACCAAAAAUUAGUUUUUUCUUUUUUUUUUAUGCAACAUUUUUAUGGAUCAAAAGGAAAAGAAAAUGCUGUAAUUGUUAAGUUUAAACAAAACAAAAAAAAGAGAUAAAACAUUAAUUAGUAUUAUAAAGAGUUUUUAUUCUUCGCUUAAGUCCAGUUUGUAUUGAUGUAAUGACCCCACCAUUUAGGUGGAUUGUUAAUGAUUUCAUUGACUAUACUUGCAUGUAAAUAUCUGUGAUGAUUUGUUUCAUUCUUGUUUUAUGCAACUUUUAUUACAUAGCUUCUUUCACAUGCCUAUCAUUUUCAUUAUAUAUUUCAUAAUUUUGUAAUCGUUGUCUGAUCCAUUUAGCAUUUCAAAGAGUACUUUAUGAUAAAAGACACCAUUGUUUUUGUUGUAAAUUUUUAUAUGACCUGAAAGGAAAAUAUCGGUUCAGUAUUGAAAUAACUCUGUAAGUGUCCUCUUUAGUUAAAACAUUUCUAAUUACAUCAUGAGGAAACAUAAAUUAGAACAUUAAACCAUUUUAAUCAUCUUUCUAGUCAAGUUUUGUUUGAUGUAAUGUCCCUUUGCAUUAGUUGAAGAUUCCAUGCUAUCACUGAACCUAAUUACAAGUUGUAUUUGUGAUAUUUGGUUUUGUUAUUGUGUUACUUUGAGAUUUUUUAUACAACUUUGUUACAUAGCUGCAUGUCAGAUAUUUUAAUGAUACAUUCAAUGUACUAAUCAUUGUUCUUGUUCACACACUUAUUCCAUUUCAUAUAACAUUUUAUUCUGAGAAGCACCAUUGAUACAUUUGUCAUUGCAACCUCUUUCUGCUCUCUUUUUGCUAAUUGAAAUUUGUCUUGUACACAAAAACAGUUUCCAUUUUUUGUUGAACCAAUAUGUUAAUGGCCGUUCAAUUCUGAAAUAAUGCUGUUACUAUUCAGUUUGAAGAAACAUUUCAAUUAAACACGAGGAGGCAUAAAUAAGUACCUUAAAGCACUCAUAUACAUCUCUCUAGUCAAGUUAAUAUUAAUUUAAACAUCUCUCUAGUCAAGUUAAUAUUAAUUUAAUGUCCAUAUUGUUUGAUUUGUAAGUGAUUAGGGUGAGUUAUUUCAAUCACCCUGUGCCCAUUGUCCCUCAUCAACACUUUGACUGUUCACAGUUGUAACAGCUGUGACUGUUCAUUUAUAUGCAAUGAAGUUUGGUCAAAAUAUUUCCCUUAAUAAAAUCUUUAACAAGUUUACUACUGGGUCAUCUGGAAUCUAAAACAAGGUCACUGGGACGAUUAAUUGGAAAACAACAUUAAUAACAAAUCCAAUUAAAAAUUACCACAUUCAUUCAUACAUUAUUUCCCUUUGAUUACACAUUGCACAAUGUGGUUAAAGUCAGAUAUAUAUCCAUGCAACAGAACAAGUUUGAAAAACUUCUUUGUCAUGUCUGGUUAGACGAUAAAUCUUAAAUAAUACAUACUUCAUCUUCUUUGACAAAAAAAUCACGUUUUCUUUUUUGCAACAAACACAGACUUACGGCAUGCGGUUAUUUGAAUAUAUUAUAGUUAAGCAUAUAAAUACCUGUAUAUGUAUUAGUGCUAUCUUCUAUUUGUAGCCAUGAAUAUCAGUUUUGCUGAUUGCUCAAACAAUCACCUAAUCCUUUUUGAUACAUAUUUCAGUACUUAUGCAUAUUGAUUUUAUAAAAAUGUAAUGCUGUGUCUUGUACACAUUUUCACAUGUAUUCUUACAUAAGUGCCAUGCAUAAUAUAUUUUUUAAAUAUGUGUUUUACAAUUGAUAUUGAUCUCUUAGCAGCUACUAUAUAACUUCACUUAUUUGCCUACUCAUACUUGUAUGUGCAGAUAUCACUUCAGUGCUAAAAGGAAUUUAGUAGAUUUUCAUCCAAAGAUUAUAAAAAAUGUGGUCAUGGUUGACUGAUUUUCCAACAUUUUGAUACAGCAUCUGUAGAAAAUCUAUUUAUUGCAUUUCAUUUACUUUUAGGCACUUUCUCCAGAAGUUAAAGAAUGGCAUGGGUGAAAUUCAGCAUGUAAAUUUCUGUUUUUUCAUAUCAAAAAAGGGUGGAGUUUGUAGCACCUGUUUAUGAUUUCUCAUUUUGUUGUAUCUCGGUGGAGAUUUUUCCCAUUGCAAUAGUUCUUUUGUUUACUUUUACAAAUAAAAAUUUGAAAGAAAAACA